CGCACGCUCUGUUCCGUCCAUAGCUCAGUCAGGCUCAAGCCGUGCGUGUGGCUUGCAGGAGCUCACUGUGGCUGAGAACUUCGUGCGUGCAGAGAGGGACCGAGGAGUGAGGAGGGAGGGAGGGUCGACGAUGGCGAGCAGUAUGCAGAGAGCGUCGUUCCUGCUCCAGGUCGUCCGGAGCUCGUCCCGCUCCCGCAAGAGGGACGGCGUCUUCUCCGAGGCCGCGCCCUGGCAGCACCCUAUCUCCGGCUCCGGCAGGGCGCCCCCGCCGCGGCCGCCAGCGAGGCUGGACACCAUCGUCGAGGAAGAGUACAACGCCUCCAUGAUGACGCACGACCCCGGCUUCCAGGGCGGCGUCUCUUGUUAUUCAUCGUCGUCAACGUCGGCUUCAGCGCCGUCGUCCUCGUCCAUGGCCGCGGCCGGGGUCCACAGAACCAACCGUGUCUCCGCUCCGGCCACCGGCGCGCAGCAGACCCGUUGUUAAUCGAUCGACGUCGUCGGUUUUUAAGGCGAGCGUGGACGGUAAAUUUUUUGCGAAAUUAACCUCGUGUAUAAGUUGCGAGGGCCAUAAUAAUCAACCCGAGAUUAGCUACGUACGUGAUGCUUUAUGUAUCAUGUAUACUUGACGAAUUAAGCAUUCUAUAUGCAUGUUUCCCGCGUUUAGACGCGUGGAUGUAAAACGUAUUUAUGUUGAGGAGGACAACGACGAUCUAUAUGUGAUGCUUUAUAUGUAUCAUGCAUGUAUAAUGAACAAAGAGGGAUGAGGUCCAUUUUCCCUUCUA